UAACUUUUCGAACUGCUCGGGCUCGAGACUCCACAAUUCUUCCACUUGGACACCUUUUACACCUGAAAACAAUGUGGUGAGAGAAGCAAACUAACAAGUGUGUUGGUUUACCGAACUCGCGGAUUAAUUCUGUAAAAACUCCGGGGUCGCUUUCGAUCAAACACCAGUUUCCGGCCGUUUCAGACAUGUUUAUUUAAAAUAUCGACGAUUUAAGAGUUUUAGUUGAAUCACUGAUAACCUCAAAUUCGUUAAACAAAAUGGGUGACAUUUGACAUUUUGAAAAAUGGUGGAGUGUUCAUCGACUCGAAAAACGCAGGUUCCUGUAAUUUUACGGGUUGGUGAAAAUGAUUGUGAAUCUUGUACUGACAGGCAUGCCGUUUUUUCUGCUACUUGGGAUUUUGCUUCUUAUUAGUUUUUUUGCCUACAUCAUAAAUUUUGAGGACACAAUGACCAAUAUUUUGAAAAUAAGAAUAUUUAUGUCUUCUGUAAGUGGUGUGUUUAUCGCUGUAUUGUUAUGUUGGAGUGGACAACAAUUAAUAGAUGUGACGAGCAAUAUUUUUUAUGUUUUGGGCGGAGCCCCUUGGUACUAUUGGAGUCUUAAAAACAUUAAAAUUCUUUUGAUUUUUAUGACGAAUUGUACCAAAAAUGAGAGUAUUGUUUUGACUGGAAUUUGUAUGGAUUACCAACUUCUUGUUGCAGUUUUGCGAAUCUCCGUCUCAUAUGCUCUAGUUUUGCACGAUCUUCGCAAAAGUAGUCUCGUUUGAAACGACCACAAUAAAAACACUUAAUUAUAUUUCUCACUCUAAAAAAUGUUAAUGUAAAUUACUUGUCUCUUUUUAUGA